AUGCUGGACUUUGGCCUGAAAAGAUUUCUCAUUUUUGGCAUUGAAAAACCUACCGAACUAGAAGAAAUUGGAGAAAAUUGGAAGACAGUAAAUGUUGAAGGUGAAGAAAAGCGUAAAAACAAAGCUAAUCAAGGGGGAGAUGAAAAAGAAGAGGCGGAGGAAGAAGAAAAAAAUGAAGAAAAAGGAAGAGGAACUUCUAUAAAAGUUACAGCAGCUCAAGCUGAUCCGCCUAGAGAAGAGGAUUUGCAUAAUAAAAAUGAGAAUAGUGGUAGCAGUACCAGUACAAUUGAUACUACAACAGCAACUACAGCUAGUUCAAUAAUGGAAACAACACCAACAGGAACAACAGCUAUUAAUAAUUCAUCUUUAAUUAAUUCAACUCUAACAACAAUAAAUAAUAUAACAACAGAACCAACAGAAUUCAAUGCUACCUUAAAUUAUACUGAAGGGGGAACAAGAGAAAGUCUGCUAAACGGAAAUUUAUUUGAAUAUCCAGCAGUGGGGCAAUGCCGGUUUUCUGCUUUGUAUCAGACUGUGUUUAAUGGUGCUAGGCUAUUGAAACGAUUGUUGGUUGAUACUCCAUCCCAAUGCUUAGCUGCUUGUCAUUAUGAAAGUUGUCGUUCAGCAAAUUUAAUUCAAAUGGAGGACAAGGUAAAUAGAGAGUAA